AUGCGACGAAAGGUGGACGACCGCCUUUCGCAGCUCCUGGAACUGAGCGUGCAGCAGACGCACCGCUCGGUGCUGGUGCUCGCGGCGCGCGACCCGAAGCUCACCGUCGUGUCUCUGCACUCGGUGCUGGGCGCGCGGCUGCGGCGCAAGCCGACGGUGUGCUGGUGCUACGAAAAGGCGCUCCCGUUUACGGCGAACAAGCUGAAGAAGCUGAAGCAGCUGCGGCGCAAGCGCGCGAAGCUCGAGCUGCGCGACGAAGCUGUCGACGAAUUUUGGCUGUUUCAGGCGGGCACGCCGGUGCGCUACUGCCGCUACCGCGACCACUUGUCGCUGCUGGGGCUGACGUUUGACUUUCUGGUGCUGCAGGACGCGGCGCAGCUGACGCCGAACCUGCUCUGCCAGACGCUCGAAACGGUUGCGGGCGGCGGGCUGGUGCUGCUGCUCGUCGAGUCAGUGGCAGAGCUGGAGCGCGUGUUCGGUCCGCCGGCGCGCGCGGAGCCGCGAUCGAACGCCGCGCUGCUCGCGGCUGCGCCGCGGCACUACGGGCGCACGCUGCGCUCCUUCGCGCAGUGCUACAACUGUUUGGUGCUCGACGGCGAGCUGAACUUGGUGCGCAUCUCGGGCCGCGCGCUCGCGGAGCUCGACCGGCUGCUCGAAAACCUGGGCGAGAGCGUGCCAGCCGCGCUGGGUGCGCUGCUGCUCGCGAUCGAAGCGGGCUAUAACGCCGUCGGCCCGGAAGUCAUCAAGACCCCGAUUGCCGAAGUCAUUCCGAACAUUACUCCCAUCCUGUACAACCAGAACGAAGCCGUGCAAUUCAGCGCAAUCAAGCUCAUUGGCUCGCUCGUGAAGUUUGACGACGACGAGCUCAGCGCAAAAGAGAUGGGCAGAAUUUGCAACCUGCUGCUCGACCUGCUCAACAGCCACAACAAGCGCUUGCGCAACGUUGCCGAGCACACGUUCGGCGAGAUCGCCUACUGUAUCGGCCCGCACGACGUGAUGCUCCCGCUGCUCAACAACCUGCGAAUGUCCGAGAGAAAAGUGCGCAUCGCGACUACGAUCGCCAUGGCCAUCGUUGCCAAGCGCUGCAAACCGUACACAGUGCUGCCCGCUCUGAUGAACGAGUACAAGUAAGUUUUGCGAGAAGGCUCCUUCAGACAGCCCAACGGUAACGUGCAACACGGCGUGCUGAAGGCGCUGAGCUUCAUGUUCGAAUACAUGGGAGCUGAGGCCGCGAGCUACGUCGAAUCUUUGUACACGCUGCUCGAGCACGCUUUGUGCAGCCGCGACGCCAUUCAUCGGCAAAUUGCUUGCUGGACCUGCAAGCACAUAGCACUCGCCUGUUACGGACGCAACCACGAAGCGCUCUUGAUCAGUCUGCUCAAUUUUGUGUGGCCGAACAUCAUUGAAGGCACGUCGCACCUCAACAUUGCCGUGCUCGACGCAAUAGACGGUUUCAUUCUGAGUCUCGGCCCCGCGUACAUUUUGUACUACCUGUUUCAAGGCUUAUUCCACGCUGCGCGGCGUGUUCGGUACUGGAGAAUAUACAACAUGCUCUAUCUGAUGUAUUUGCACGAAAUGCCCGCCGCCUAUCCCGAGUAUCGCGCGGAGGAAGCACCUCAGUGCAGUCGCGAUUAUUUGUACAUAUCUCUUUAG